UAUAAACUGCAACACUUCACAAAUAAUUACAAAAACUGCAAGUGUUAUGAUAUUGCAAAAGAAUAAAAUCAUGUUCCAAUAGAACAUGUCAUGGUUAUUUUUACAUUGCAUAAUUAUUCCUAAAUUAUCAAAGGACUAUUAUAUCAUUGUGAUGUUUUGCAUAUCUGACUGUAUAUAAAGUUCUCUCAUUCAGCUGUGAACAGAGCGAAGGGUGGAUCUCUAAAAGAGCUGUUCAGAGGCCUUUUCCAAACCUCAAAGCCUUUCAAGACAAGACAGUUUGUUGCUUUUGUCAUUUUAAAUAUUUUACUAUAUUCUGCCUAUACUUCAUUAAAUCUUCCAACAGUACAGUAUAACACAAAACUGAACACAAGCGAAACAGAUUAUUUGAGUCAGCCUGGUUUGAUCUGAAAGCAUUUGGAGAAGGAAUGGAAAAUAUCUCCACUUCCCACAUUCUCACUGUCACGGCUCUGAAUGACUGGGACUGGACCAGCAGGAUCUUAUUUUUUUCUUUUGCGCUUCCUGGAUACCUUAUAACUAUUGUUAUGAAUGCCACUUUGAUUCUGAUUAUUGCUUUUGAGAAAGCUCUGCAUGAGCCCAUGUACAUUUUCUUGUGUAAUCUGUGUGUCAAUGAUUUGUGUGGAAUCACUGGGUUUUAUCCCAAGGCUCUAGUAUAUUUACUUACAGAAACAAACAGGAUUUCACUUGAGGAAUGUAUUGUUCAGGGUCUUGUCAUUGUCAUCUAUGCAGUUGGUGAAUUCUCAAAUUUAAGUGUCAUGGCCAUUGAUAGAUACUUAGCCAUAUGUCGACCAUUACAUUAUCAUAGUAUUAUGUCACCUUUCACUGUGCUGUGCCUGCUGUCUUUUAAUUGGGUGUUUCCUUUUAUUGCAAGUUUAGUGGCCAUUGUAGUAGCUAUGAAAAAUCCUAUUUGCAAAUAUGAUAUAGAUAAACUUUUCUGUGAAAACCUGUCCUUGGUAAAUCUUGGAUGCAAACCAGAUAUUUCAUAUGGGAUAUUUAAUGGAUGGAUGUAUGGCUCAGUAAUCAUCUUAAUUGGCUUUGUUCUGAUUUCCUAUUUUAAAAUAAUUCUUGCUUGUAGAAAAUCUAAAGUAAGUCGAGAGAAGUUCUACAGCACAUGUAUGCCACACUUGAUUAUCUUCCUGAACUACAUAGGCUGUUCUUUUUUCGACUCUUCCCAGACAGAAUUAAGAGCAAAAUCACAAUAUGUAUCUCAUUUUGUACAUAUGUUUUUGUCUGUGAUAUUUCUGACUCUUCCCCCAAUUGUCAAUCCUGUAAUAUAUGGUAUAAAAUUAAGUCCAAUCAGAGCAAAAAUAUUGUAUAUUUUCCAUCAUUUAAGUAUUAGUACUUUGUAGGAUUCAUUGUUUGAUUUAACACUGACUGACUUUUUCUCAGCAUGUAUCACUGUGACAUAUCAUUUAAGCUUUAUUCUGAAGUUCUGUAUCACAGUAACUAUAUACAGAAUAUAUAAGAAUAAUAUAUUAUUGAAGCUGUACUGUUUUUUACGAGAUAUAUACAACGAUUUAUAUAAGUGCUUCUGCCAUUUCUGUCACCUUUUUUGCUUUUUUACAAAAUCUGAUUUACAAAAAAAAAACAGUCCCAUAUCUCAUGCUUUAUAACAAUGGUUGUCUGUAUAGGAUUUAAUGAGCAGAUAAUGGAGAAACUACCAAAAGCAUUAAAGUACAACUUUGGUGCCAUCAUCUGGUUAAUACCCACAUGCCACCAAUGAUAGUAAGCAAAACAUUUAAGAUAUGAAUACCAUGUAGUCCCUCCACUAUUAUUAUUUGCUGAUGUCUAUCCAUUAUUACUGAAUCUGAAAAUGUUUUAGUGUAAAAACAUAAUGCUCCAAUGUCAUGCCUUAAUAUGACAUGCAGUGCUUGUAAAAAAAAAUAUUUUUGACACAAAGAUGUAUGGGAAGAAUCAAUGAGAAAAUUUGACUGUUAAUAAAGUUCUCUUAUUUAACUGUGUGAAGGGUGAAACUCCAAACGAUCUGAUUAGUUUUUUUCUAUUUACAAUACAUAAUUAAUAAUUUCUGCACAAUAUAGCUAAUUCAGUGCUAAUGUUUAGUUUCUUCAUUUCAGUUUGCCAUUAGUACAUUAUUACAUACGAAUACCAAUAUGACUAGUUAAAAUAUCGUUGCCUGGAAUUAUCUGGUUUUAUUGUGUUCUAAAUUAUUUUUGAGAUAUUGAGCUUCAAAGGUUUUGCAUUCUAUAUAGCAAACAAAUUGUGUGUAACAGUUCUCUUUCAUACAUUAACAUGACAGAGACCAUAAAUGUACUAUACAUGUACAUUAUUAAAAUUCUACAUAAACUUG